UCCUAAUCAGGCAGGAAAGAUAAGAGAGAGUGUUUAUGAAAAUUGAAGGUCAUUUUAACAGUAGCUCGAAGUCCAUUGCUUUGGGAAGGUGUGUGGCAUUUAGCUCCAGUAAAAGGUGUCUGAGAGGUCAAGGAGAAGGUUGACCUCAUCAUGGCCGACCGGCGCAUGAAGGUCAUCUUUGGCCACCUGGGUCACAGGGGUCAUCAUGAUAUGAUGCCACGUCUGCUGUCAUCAGGAGCAGCCAACGUUGGUACCGACAGCAGCACUAGCAGUUUGGAGUUCCAGUAUACCCUAGACAACCCCAGACUUACCGCAGCCCAGCGUGCCUUUUACGAGGAGAAUGGCUUCCUGGUCAUACCCAACCUCGUGCCUCAUGACAAGAUUGACCGGUGGAAGGAACGCUUUAUUGACCUGGUGGAAGGACGUGUUGACACUGGCGGCAUGACUAAGAUGAAGGACAUCUCCCUGAAAGGCCUCAAGAAUGUCUCGGGCGAACUCAUUGUCAACAAGCUGCAGGACUUUGUGUGGGAUGAGGUUCUGUCAGAGCACUGCAUGUUGCCGCAGAUCCUGGACUAUGUGGAGUGCUUCACUGGCCCAGACAUCAUGGCCAUGCACACCAUGCUGAUUAACAAGCCCCCAGAUCCCGGCACGCGCACCUCCCGCCACCCACUGCACCAGGACCUGCACUACUUCCCCUUCAGGCCUGCUAACAAGAUAGUUUGCGCUUGGACAGCCAUGGAGAAAGUGGAUACCAAGAAUGGCUGCUUGUUUGUGCUGCCUGGCUCACACAAAGGCAAACUGGAGCAACACGACUACCCAGACUGGGAGAAAGGAGUGAAUAAGAUGUACCACGGAGUGCGGGGCUUUGAUGAUGUUCCCAAGACCAUGCUAAGCAUGGAGAAGGGAGAUACUGUUUUCUUCCAUCCAAUCCUGCUGCAUGGAUCAGGAGAUAAUGUCACACAGCGCUUCCGUAAGGCCAUUUCCUGCCACUAUGCCAGCUCUCACUGCGAGUACAUUGAUGUAAAGGGAACAACACAGGAAAACAUCGCCAAGGAAGUGGAAGAGAUUGCCCUGAGGAGGGGCGUGUCUCUUGGUUUCAAGGAAAUCUGGAACGUACGGAGCCGUUGUGUACGAGGCGUAGAAGACUGCCUGUAGAGGACAAGAUGAAACAUGAAAAGAACACUUUUGUUCUUUUCACUUCUGAAUUAUUAGGCAAAGAGUAGAUAAGAUUUUCUUUAUCUAGAAUUGGUUUGAAACAUGACUGCUUAUGUAGUAGAUUAUAUUAACAAGAUUAUAGAUAAAUGAAAAAGAUAGAGAUAUGAAAAUUAUUGUGUAUGUAACUAAAUUUAUAUACAUUUCUGGCAUGGUUCUAGUCCAGAGACAUAAUUAAUUGAAUAUUAGUUUGAUUUGAUCCAUUUUGAAUUUUGAAAUUCAUCCUCAAAGUGUUUGUGUCACAGCUUUCUGUAUAAAAUAUUUUAUACAGAGCUUGUGAGAUAUGAAGUUAUUUCCUGAAAUGUCAGUCCUGCCAUUGCAGUUUUACAAAACAACUGGAAUUUAUUUGAAAUAUCUGCAUCUAAAAGGUGUUUGUUAAUGCAGACUCUAUUUGACUUACCUGAAUUCCUUAUUACAAGUAAUUAUUGUAGCUUUCAAUGAAGCACAAUAGAAUUAUUCUAUAUCUCUGUUUCUACACAAUUGAACAAAGAAGAAUACAAUUGAAUAUCUUGUUAAAGGUAUGAAGUUAUGUGAAGCUUUAUUUCAUCUUUCAUUGUGAAUUUCAAUGAUCGGAUACUUAUAAUUAAUACACAAGUGCAGUUGUACAUAUGCAGGUACAUGUAGUUAUAUAUUUAUGUAUAUAAACUUUGAUACAGUCUUACACUUAUAAUAAAUAUAAGUGUUUGAAUAUACAAAUGUAUUGUAAAGAAUCCUUUACAUGUGGCUGUUUAUAAAUUCUUUGCUCUAAUCACUUUAAAAAGUCUGAUUGAGGCAGGAAAUGUACUGCUGCAGGGAAAAUGGUGCUAUUUUCUGUUAUUUCUAUGUAUACCUUCCAGAUUAUUAGAUUUGGAACUGAAUUCUUUGGGUGGUUUCCUUGAUACAUUCACACAAGCAUACACCCAUGCAGAUCCACAGCUACAUACGCAUGCAUUCAUAUUACAAACACACACACACAUACACGCUCGUGCACAUGCUUGCACACACACACACACACACACACACACACACACACACACACACACACACACACACACACACACACACACACACACACACACACACACACACACACACACACAUACACAAAAUGCACACAUUUCCUUUGUAACUCUAUUUUCAUUAUAUUUUGAGAUAUGUAGUAAUGAUGUAAAUUGAUUAGUACAUAUUAUUGGCAGUAAUAAAAUUAUCAGAAGUAGUAA